AUGGCUAGGAUCGCUAGCCCCCCCAAUACACCGCCGAUUAUCGUGCCGGUAUGCGGGUGUGUAGAAUCGCUGCUGAUUGUACUCGGUGUCGGUGCCGGCGUAGCCGUCGAAGUGGCUAGCCAGGUCGGGGUCGAUGGCGCUGGGACGCUCGGGGUGUCGGGCGGCAUGAAAGUUAUUGGUACCGCGGAGGCGGCGGCCGCGGUUGACGUUUCCGAAAAUUGGGUCCCAGAUGGUAUCGGCCUCGCGGCAUCCAAGGAGUGUCUUCUCACCCAGGGCACCGUCGUCCCUAACGAAAGUUUGACAUUCCCCGUUCAGGCCUCUGGUCCUGUGACUGGAUGA